AAGCCCCGGGUCAUUCCUUCAGGCUCUGGCUCGGGCUUCGGCUUCGGCUUCGGCGAUCGGGACUCCAAAGAGGUGACUCCGGCUCCCGCAGCAUGUCUGAGAAGCGGCACGCGGCGGACACCCAAGCCCGACGGCUCCCUGACAGCUUCAAGGAUAGCCCCAAUACAGGCCUUGGAGCUUGUGGAUGGAUUUUGGUAUUUGUCUCAUUCUUGUUCACAGUUGCAACUUUCCCAUUGUCAAUAUGGAUGUGCAUAAAGAUUGUAAAAGAAUAUGAAAGAGCCAUCAUCUUUAGACUGGGUCGAAUUUUACAAGGAGGAGCCAAGGGACCUGGUUUGUUUUUUGUCCUGCCAUGCACUGACAGCUUCAUCAAAGUGGACAUGAGGACUGUUUCAUUUGAUAUUCCUCCUCAGGAGAUUCUCACUAAAGAUUCAGUGACAGUUAGUGUGGAUGGUGUGGUCUAUUACCGCGUUCAGAAUGCAACCCUGGCUGUGGCAAAUAUCACCAACGCUGACUCUGCAACCCGUCUGUUGGCACAAACUACUCUGAGGAAUGUCCUGGGCACCAAGAACCUUUCUCAGAUCCUUUCUGACAGAGAAGAAAUUGCACACAACAUGCAGAGUAGCCUGGAUGAUGCCACUGAUGACUGGGGAAUCAAGGUAGAGCGGGUGGAAAUCAAGGAUGUGAAACUGCCUGUGCAGCUCCAGAGGGCUAUGGCUGCAGAAGCGGAAGCAUCCCGGGAGGCCCGAGCCAAGGUCAUUGCAGCUGAGGGAGAAAUGAAUGCAUCCAGGGCUCUGAAAGAAGCCUCCAUGGUCAUCACUGAAUCUCCUGCGGCCCUUCAGCUCCGCUACCUUCAGACACUGACCACCAUUGCCGCUGAGAAAAACUCCACGAUUGUCUUCCCUCUGCCCAUAGAUAUGUUGCAAGGCCUUGUGGGAGUAAAACACUGAGGCAUACAGGCCAACACAGAGAUAAGCUCUUCCCUUCUGAGGACGAAGCAGGGACCAAAUUAGUCUUUCACCCAGAGGAGAGAGUAGGUGGAACUCUGACUAUUCUCCCUCACUUUCCUUUUCCUUGUGUUGAGUGUGAUGUUCUUAGGUUGUAUAGUGAUUCUAGCAACAGAUAAAGAUUGUUAGCUUAUAAAUACUGUGUGAGAGAUUUCUAUAAGAUAAUCAAGUAUUUAAAAGUCCAUAUUUUUAGAUCAUUGUGUAAUACAUUAAAUCCCUCGUUUUUUGACUUUCAUUGAGUCAUUCUACACCUUGUUUCAGGAGCCAGGCAAAGCAAUUUACCACCUGACACCCUUGGCUGGACAAAUGCUUUGCGAAAAACAGUGACCUUAAGCUACAACCAGCUUCUCUGGGCCACAUGUGCCUUACUUCCGGGGAAUCUUACUGAAGGAAAUUUUCUAACAUCCAUUUACUUUCUAAACCCAAACCAUGUUUCAAAAUAAUCCUCAAUCGAGACUAGGCAUUUUCUUGCGAGUACCAGUCAGCUUUGGAAGAAGGUCAAGAUCAAUGAAAACCUUUGAAAGACUUUUAAAUCCACUAUUAUAGAGGUUCUUUUAAAAUAAUGUGGGCAUUGUUUUUUUAACUUUUUUGAGUCUCUUUAUGAGUCAAUGAUUCCCCUGUGGUCUGUCUUUCAAACCAGAUAAAUACCUGUUCACAAGUGCUUUUUUCUCACUUUUGCCUGUUUUCAUACAUCAGGUCCUAAAUAGUUUUGAUUUUUAAAAUAAAAUCUUCUGAGUCCUAUAAGCAGUUACUUUUAUAGCCACUUGAAUAGCUUAAGGACUAAUACUUCUUAAAAAUAUAUCUUCAGAAAACCAUUAUAUUUUACUGUCUUGCAUGCUAUUAACUAUUGUACACUGAAAUAUCUCAGUUACUGAUCCCGUUCAUUCAGUAGUAUAAAGAAUUCACAGUAUAUUGGGCACGUAAUAUGCAAUGAGCUGGGGAAGGUGCCGUCAGACUUAGGAUAUUAUGUAGAUGUAUAUUUUCCUCAUUUUCCUGCUUGGGGUUCUUUUCCCGUCAUACAUGUUGAUGCUGAAAGAGGAAGUGGGCAGCCCUUUUGAACCACAGUUGCUUAAUCUGUGGUAUUAGGAGGCACCUUCCAUUUCACAAAUGCCUGUGACCUGAGCAACCUGGCAUUCCUCUUACUGGUCUGGAAUUCUGGCUGGUGACAUUUGUACCACUUCCUUGAGGCUGAAUUCACCUAGAGAAGCCUAAGAAUAGCUGCUUCCUUACCCAGAAACACUCUUCCUAUCUGUCCUUAACUGGAUUACUCUGUCAAUCCCAGCCUAUGAGUGUCUCCUCCCCUACACCCCAUUUCCAAGCUUAUUUUAAGAAACCUUGAACCACCAUGUAUCCUAGUUCCUGGCUUAGUUUAUUAGGUAUAUAUGGAACAUUUUGACUUGGAACUCAGGUGGCAUUUAUAAUUUGAAAAUGAUUUUAUCUCUUGUGAGGUGGCUCACCCUUGACCACAGAGCACCAGAAAACAGCCAUAUAUCCUGGCUGAAAAUCUCUUCCCAGACUUAGAGUAACAGUGCUUUCUUAUUCCUUGAGUUUUCCUGUCUCCAGAUGCGAAACAAUCUCUGCUUUUCUGCCUUGUGGGUUCAUAGCCCAGGAGUCUAGAAUUAAAUCACCUGGGAAGGAGGUAGCCUAGGGUGAGAGUGUGAGGGCAAGAGUGUGUGCCAAGUGGCCUCCCAUCCCAAUGCUGUACGUAAUAAAGAGCGCACAUUUCCUAA